AUGCCUCCUGAGCCAUGGCGGCAGCAGUUGACCAACGGCUCUCAGCCAUGGAUUUGGAGCACCAGUGGAGGAUGCUGGGCCAGGGGCACCAUCGUGGACACCAGCGCGGAGCGCCUGAAGGUGGAAUAUGUCGUGAACGGCGAGCUCAUCGACAAGACGGUCUUGCGGGAGUCUCCUCACCUGCGACAGGGGACUGAGCCUCGGGUCCCAGAGCUUGGUUGCGAGGAGCAGGCGGCCACUUCUCCUCAAGGAACGCCCUUUGCGAGACCAUUGCGACCAGAACUUCCAGGUCUUCAGCCUGUGCCUGUUGUGGCAGCGCAACCGGCGCUGAUACGAGCCCCGGUCCAGCUGCCACAGCCACCGGUAGGUGCUUUGCCCGCCAUUCGCUUGGCGGAUGUGCACUUCGGCCCGGUCUUGGGCUCCGGUGGCUUUGGCUCGGUGCACCGGGGCCACCUGCGUGGCUAUCCCAACGAGGUGGCCAUCAAGAAGCUUCACCUCAUGGGCCCCUUGAGCCAGGAGCACCUGAAGGAAUUCUACAAGGAGGCGGCGAACCUCCAAGCUUUGAGGCACGAGCGUUUGAUCCAACUCAUUGGGAUCGCCUGUGAGAUGCCCUUGCUGUGCAUCGUCACCGAGCUGGCGGCGGGUGGAUCUCUCCACGAUUUGCUCCACGUGAAACGCCUGCAGUUACAGGAGGCGUGUUGUAUAUGGCCGGGUUGUCGGGGUUGA